AUCCACCUGUACACUAGUAAUCUAUGCAUAUACUACAUGACCAGCUAUCGAGAAGGCCUCGAAAACCAAUCAAAAAGCUAAGAUAGAUUCAUUAUGAUGGGGCAGAUGGGCGAACAAACAGAGACCCAAAGAACUAUGCCAUACCAGUCAACUGUCAAACAUGCAAACGAACGAGACACCUACAUAGGUAGCAGCCCGUCUACCCCAUCAAACAGAAUAGCCCAAUACCUAUCAAGCCAUCAAUGGCACUUAUAUCAUCUUCUCAUAACCACACCCAAGUACCCAGGAUACCUUCGCAUACCAGGACAGGAUACAUACAGCACAUCCCUGCAGAUCUUUCUUCAGACUCCUAUAACACAAAAUCGAAACCCCACCAUCCAAUCAGCUCGUAUAGCUCAGUUGGUAGAGCGCAUGACUAGUAAUCAUGAGGUCCGCGGUUCAAAUCCGCGUGUGAGCACUUCUUUUCCACCAGCUCGUAUAGCUCAGUUGGUAGAGCGCAUGACUAGUAAUCACUGCAAAGUGAAUUGCAAUCAUGAGGUCCGCGGUUCAAAUCCGCGUGUGAGCAUAGCUUUUUGCAUUUUUUCCUUCUGGUGUAGCUCAAUUGGUGUUGCUUUUUUUGGCUGUUGAGUGAAGUCUGUGGUUGACGUCGUGGUGGAGUACAUUGGCCGGUUC